CAUCUGGAAUUAGAUAGUGUACUUUUCUCUUAUCUUUUUGCUUUUGCUAUUUUUUUUUCCAAGAAAAAUAUAUUUUCAAUCUUACGAGAUCUCAUCGAUUUGGAGGUUCUAGAUUUAAAUCUGUAUCUGAACUUCGAGAAAUUAGAGAGUGAAGAUGGGAGAGGAAGUGAGGAUGAAGGAUGUUUCCGGCGACGGAGAUAGGGUUAUGGAAUGGGAGAAGGGCUUACCAAGCGACGAAGAUUUGGCGACGCUCUCUUACUCUCUUGUCCCUUGGAAUCUCGCGAUGGCUUUCAGCAUAACCCCGGAGAAGAGCCGUACCAUCCAGGACGUGAAUCGUGCUUCGGAGACGACGUUCUCGUCGCUGCGCGGCGGAUCUUCCGGUCCCAACACCUCUUCGUCCACCAACCUCGGCGUCGCGGCAGAGGAGGAGGAUCGAGUAGGAUCGAGCAGUCCCGGAUCGGAUUCCAAGAAACAAAAGAUAUCGGAGGACUCCGCCGGGGUGGAUAUCUCUACGGCGGAGGAAGGAGAUUCGGGAACUGAAGAUCUCAACGGGAAGACACUGAAACGGGCGCGUUUGGUGUGGACGCCGCAGCUGCACAAGAGAUUCGUGGAUGUUGUGGCUCACUUAGGCAUUAAAAACGCAGUGCCGAAGACGAUCAUGCAGCUGAUGAACGUCGAAGGAUUGACUCGAGAGAACGUCGCGUCCCACCUCCAGAAGUACAGGCUGUAUCUCAAAAGGAUGCAGGGAUUGACUUUGGAAGGUCCCUCUUCUUCAGAUAAGCUCUUCUCCUCAACCCCUGUGCCUCCACAGAGCUUCCAAGACCUCGGUAGCGGCCAAGGGAGUGGAUCUGCCGGACAUGUGGGAGUGCCGUCGAUGAUGCAGAUGCCAGUCUAUGCGCAUCAUAUGGGUAUGCAAGGGUAUCAUCACCAGAAUCACGCUCAUGAUCCUUAUCAUCAGAACCAUCAUCGUGGAAGUGGCGGACCUGCAAAUCCAUAUAUGAUGCAGCAGAACAAGUUCGGAUCCAUGGCGUCUUAUCCUCCUGUCGGAGGUGGAAGCGCUAAUGAGAAUUAAAAGGAAUUGAAUAGGUUCUUUUUACGAGUUUUUCUAAGCCCAUCGUCAUCAUUGCAUCAUACAUAGGAGAUCAGCUGUUCAGACAACUCAUCAUGUCGAAACUAGACCAAUGACUAUUGUUGGAGCACAAUGCAUACAUGAAGACCUCUGACUAGUUUCAUGUACUGAUUUCUAUAUUGUAAUUUGAGGUAAGUCUCUUUCCUUACUCUUUGUAGUCACACCCUAAAAAGAUAAUCAAGAGAGCGUCUGUCGUAUUUCUCAGCAUUGUUAACUGUUUAUUUCUUCUUGGGAUGGCGUCAGACACAGUCUUUGUGUUUAUCUACCUUCGAUAUAUAUAUAUAUAUAUCAGUUAAAGACGACUA